AUGAAAAUAAUAUACGAGUAUAAAAAGGAGCACUACGAAUUGGAGAUCGACGAGGGGAAUGCAGACGAAUACGUCAUCGACACGGUGGAAAAAAAUUCGAAAAAGUGCAGCUGCGAUGGUGCCCUUUACGACAGUGAGACGCAGGUCGAGUUUCUGAACUUUUUGCAGUUCCACACUGAAAGGGAAACGAAUUUUGCACGUGAGAAACCAGAUGGUAGCAAGAUGCACAUGGGGAAAACUACUCAACUGUGUAUCGAUGACGAAGGACAAAACAAAUCGCUGCUAAAGUAUGUCAGCUAUUUCGAGAAGGCAGGUUACAUUGUCAAAGAGGGAGAUAUUUAUGGAGCACAUUUUUUACUUUACCUAGAUGGUGAGGAAUAUACUCACGCGGUUUAUGCUGUGUAUGGUGUGCGUACAGACCAUAUCAUUAGAGACCUCAUUCGCAUGUUGCGGGUAUCACGUAGCGUGAAAAAAAACGUCAUCCUAAUACUGCUAACAGGUGGGGAAGCAGCGGAUCCGUCAGAUAACAUCGUUUACGUGAAGGUUUACUCUUACAAAUAG